CCUCUUUAACCUUUCUCACCUACGAUAUAACUUUCUCUCUCUUUCUCUUUCCUUCUCUGAAACUGGAAGGUUAGUUUUGUUCCUCUAUUUCAUGCUAUGGAAUCUCAGUGUAGUAAUUGGGUCUUUGUAGUGCUAUGAUAAUGAGAGAAAAGCUGUAAUCUUGAAAAUUCUGAUUCAUUAUUUUGGAACCAAUCUCAGUUUACUGAAUAAGUGACUGUGAAGUCAGUUCUGUUUUUUUAUUUUUUAAAUUCUCUGCUUCAAAUUUGUUUCUGGGAUUUUAUAUGCAAUUUAUCAGGGAAGAAAUGAGCAACCAAAUCCCAACAAGCAAUGAUCGUUCCAGGACAUAUUGGACACCAACAAUGGAGCGUUAUUUUAUUGAUCUUAUGUUAGAACAUAUGCAUAGAGGGAACAGGAUUGGCCAUACCUUCAACAAGCAGGCAUGGACUGACAUGCUUACAGUGUUCAAUGCAAAAUUUGGAUCGCAAUAUGACAAAGAUGUCUUGAAAAGUCGUUACACUAAUUUGUGGAAGCAAUUUAAUGAUGUAAAGAAUCUUCUUAGUCAGAGUGGGUUUUCUUGGGAUGAAUCGAGAGAGAUGAUAGUAGCUGAUGAUUAUGUUUGGGAUGCUUACCUAAAGGUGCACCCAGAUGCACGACCCUACCGCACUAAAACAGUGUUGAAUUUUAAUGAUUUGUGCUUCAUAUAUGGGUACACUACUGCAGAUGGAAGAUACAGCAGAUCAAGUCAUGAUAUAGACUUUGAUGAUGAAAUCCAAGCUGCAAACAUGGGUGAUGCAAUGGGAAGCAGUGCUCCAUCACACAACGAACGUCCAAGGACAGAAUGGACUGCAAGUAUGGACCAGUAUUUUGUUGAGCUGUUGCUGGACCAAAUAAUAAAAGGCAAUAAAACUGAAAAUACAUUUAAUAAACAAGCUUGGACAGACAUGCUUUCUUCUUUCAAUGCAAAGUUUGGUCCUCAACAUGGAAAAAGAGUUUUACGACACAGAUACAAGAAAUUGUUGAAGUAUUGUAGUGAAAUGAAGGUCAUACUUAAACAAAAUGGUUUUUCCUGGGAUGAACCACAACAAAUGAUUGUAGGUGAUAAUGAUGUUUGGGAUGCAUAUAUUAAGGUACAUCCACAAGCACGGGCAUACAGAAUGAAGACUUUGCCAAAUUACAAUGAUUUGGUCCUUAUAUUUGGGGAUGCAACUGAAGAUGGAGUUGACACUAAUUUACAUCAAGCAAAGGACCAUGAGGUUGACAUUUCUGGAAUAAAAACUGGAGAAGGAAAGGGGAGCCAAACUCUUGCCAGUAGUGAUCGUACAAGAACAUAUUGGACACCUCCAAUGGAUCGUUAUCUUAUCGAUUUGUUAUUGGACCAGGUGCAUAGAGGAAAUAAGCUGGGCCAGACAUUCAUAAGCCAGGCUUGGAUUGACAUGGUUGCAUCAUUUAAUGUCAAAUUCCAAUCUCUCCAUGACAAAGAUGUAUUGAAAAACCGGUACAAACAUUUGAGGAGGAUGUACAAUGAUAUCAAAAGUCUUCUUGAAAAUAAUGGAUUUUCAUGGGAUGAAACAAGAGAGAUGAUAACAGCUGAAGAUCAUGUUUGGGAUGCUUAUACCAAGGCACACCCUGAUGCUCGAUUGUACAGAGUUAAAACUGUACCAAGCUAUCAGAAAUUGUGUGUUAUAUUUGGACAAGAAAAUUUUGAUGGAAGAUAUGGCCGUUUGGCUCAAAUUAUGGACCGUAAUGAUGAAACACCUGAUGUAGUGAUUGAUGAGUCUAGUGUGAAUCCUUUGACAAUAGAUUGGGGAACAGACAGUGAUCGUUAUUUUAUUGAGCUUAUGUUAGAGCAGGUGCAUAGAGGUAAUAAGAUUAACCACUCAUUUAAUGAGCAAGCAUGGACACACAUGAUUGAAUCAUUUAGUGAAAAAUUUGGAGUUCUAUGUGAUAGAUAUAUUUUAGAAACUCAGUAUUUAAAGUUGUUGAAAGAGUGUGACAGCAUUACCAGUCUUCUCAGUCAUAGUGGUUUUGCAUGGGAUGCAAUUCAACAGAUGAUAACUGCUGAUGAUGCAGCCUGGGAAGCUUAUAUUCAGGAAAAGCCAGAUGCCAUUUUGUACAGAAAUAAAGUCUUGGAGAAUUAUAUUGAUCUAUGUAGAAUUCAAAGAAAUGAAGUGUCGAAUAUUGGAGAACAAGGUCAACAACUGCAAACUGACAAUGAUGCCGUGCUGGUGGAUGGAUUACUUGUAGAUGGACACUUUCCAGCUGAGGACAUUGAAAUAUCUAAUCAACAGAGAAAGCGGGCUUCUACAACACCAUCAGACCAUGAAAAUGCCAACAAGGUACAGAAAACUGGCAAAGAUAUGCAAAGAGCUCUUCCUGAAGUGGCAGAUGCAUUUACAAAACUGGUAAGUAAGAAAGAGAGCAAGAACAAUGGAACAAUUGAAAAUGCAAUUGAUGCUCUUCAAGCUAUACCAGACAUUGAUGAAGAACUUUUGUUGGAUGGUUGUGAUCUUCUAGAAGAUGAUAAAAAGGCAAAGACAUUUUUGGCACUGGAUGCCUCACUCCGAAAGAAGUGGUUGCUGAGAAAACUUCGUCCGUAGGAGUUUUUCAUGUUAUUUUCACUCCUAGGAUUUUUGAAGACAAAAAAGCACUGAGCUUUACAAAUUGUCUAAUUCUCAAGUUAAAUUUGUAAGUGUAGAUCAGAUUUCAUUUGAGCAAGAUGAGAAAGAUACAUAUUUCCUCUGCGAGCACGUUGCAAUGACUGAUUUCCCCUGUGAAUAGAAUGGAAAAUUUAGCAGCCUUUGUUUAGAACAAUGAA